AUGAAGAGCAUACAACUUCAGCUGGCCCUGAUGGGCUCCUCCACAGCCUUUGGAUACCCCUGGCACUACCAUGACGGCAGAAUUGUCGUCCGCGAACCCGUCUCAGAGAUACUCGGAACUUCCGUGCCGCCGCCGCCUCCACCUCCGUACAACAUCAACACCUCACUGACACCGGCAGAGGCUCCUCCAAGUCCGUCAUCAUGGCCGCCAAACAUAGAUUCAUGUCACUGUCCCAUAACCUACGUGCCAAUGCUGCCGUUAGCGUGUACAGGGGAGCUGUUCUAUGCCACAAAGCCACCGCAGACUGUGUAUACCACGAUCACAGAAGUGCAUACGAUGAAACCUAUAGAUACAGCACCCAUGGGCCCACCUACACUUGUCACUCCUCCUCCGCCAUGUUCGACAUACAGCUGUCCGCCCGCACGCUGUAAGAUGGGCUUUUUCCCUUCUCUCGCACCUCUUAUAUCGACUGUCAGCGUCACCAAGAAGACCACCAUCCUAGGCGUCCCAUCCGCUGAACCACCACCCAUUUUCAGGGAUACCAGCUCAGGAAGCGCAGCUGGCCAAAAUAUACCCCCCACAGCCUCACCAACUGAUGACUCGAGCGCUUCUCGACCGUCCGGCAAAUCAAAGUCCGACUCUGAUUCCCCAGGCAACCCUCACGGCGGCUCUCAGGGAGGUACGACUUCAGCUAGCCAAAAAAACCGGCCAGGCGGUCAAGAAAACAGUCAGGGAAGUUCUCCAAGCAGUACUCCAAACGGUCAAGGAGGCGGUCAAGGAGAUUCCCAAAGCCCUCCUAAACCAACGGGUUCGCCCGGUAGUUCUAUACCAGUUGAUCCAGGAUCUAUCACCUCAGAAGGCUCAGACCCUUCCCAUCCAGUUCCCACCAGGACCAUGUUUGGCCUGGGCGGAAUACCUAUCACUAUCCAGGAGACUGACUCUAUCACCAUUGGAAACGGGCCAUCACGCACUACUAUCACUAGCAAUACUACCCCAACUACCUUUGCAGUGGAUGGCCAUACCUUUACAAUAAACCCUUCGGAAGUCAUCUAUAUGGACACCACUUUCCGCCUGGGUACUGAUCCUACGAGGUUUCCUCCACUCGUAUCAGGUACUGCCAAUCCUACCGAUAGUGGAGAUGAUGGGGGCCCGCGUACCGACAGUGCGGGCCAUACCAUUUCUCCCAGGCCAACAAGCACCGAAGACGGCUCAUCCAACCACAGCCUUGCGGUACGAAAGUCCACUAAUAUAACUAUUACAUUUACCCUGGGAAUAGUUACUGCGCUUGUCUUUGGCGGCUUUAUUGGACUUUUAUAG